AUGUCGGCCAGUAUGGAUCGUGCGAUGAUGGCGCUAUCGAUGGAGGAAGAGGAGGUUCCCUUCGAUAUGCCAGAUCUGCCUGAUUACUGCUCAUCCGAAGAUAACGUUCAGAGUAUCAUCGGUAGGGUGCUAAACCCUGAUUGUCAAAAGAUGGCGAGUCUUAUCCUGGAUAUGCCUCGUAAGUGGCAACUUUACGAUAGAGUUCGGGGCAUAGCUUUGUCCAAAGAAAGGUUCCAGUUCAUCUUCAAAUAUGAACACGAGAUGGAAAUGAUCCUCAAGAAAGGAGUCCAUACUUAUAAUGAGCGGGCUCUUGCCAUUGACCGUUGGAUUGAGAAACCACCAGCUGAUUAUCUGCAAUUCAUCCCAGUCUGGAUUCAGCUCCGUCAGAUCCCGGUAAAUCAUUACACAACAAAAGCAAUAACAGCCUUGGGAGAUCUUGUGGGAAAAGUCAUAGAAGUUGCUUUUGAUCCGAAAAGAAGUCAGAGUCUGGGUUUUGUUAGAGUCAGAGUUCUGUUCGAUGUCUCUCGACCGAUCAGGCUGUCCAAAGUGGUUAAUCUUCCUGGUGGAGGGUCAGCAACUGUUCUAUACGACUUUGAAAGAAUUCAGAAAAGGUGUUAUAGCUGUCAACGCCUGACUCACCAACAAGAUUCAUGUCCUUUAAAGCUACUAAAGAAACAAUCUAAGAUCUUGCCUAAUAUAGGGUUUGCUGCCCUCUCCUUAUCUCCUGGGGAAUUGUUUCUAAAAGAUGGUGAUCCGCUCUUUGGUGUUAUUGAGGAAAAGCAUGUCGGAUUGAACCCGGCAACAGGCAGACCUAAAAUAGCGAGUGAGGUCCUUGAUGGUAUGAGGCAGUAUCUCUUGGUGGCUAAUGGAGAUGAAAGAGUCAUCAGAGAGGCGAGAAUUAGAUCAUCUCUAGCAUCCAUUGAAGGUGAUUUAUUUGCUCAAAAGUCGAUGCUAAGUCUGGAGCCUAUUCCUCAUGUCUCAAAGGAUCUUCACAAAGACAAAGGAAUAGUGUUUGAUUACAGCAAACAAAUUAUGUCUCAGGGUGAGCCAGAGAUGCGAAGAGGUGAAAGCAAAUUUAUGGGUUCUGCUAUUGCAGCGGGUUCUACUCGAAGUUAUGAUCUUAACCUCAAUUUCGAUGGAGUUUCAGCUGAUUAUCUUGGGCUCAGCCAGGUUUCUCAAGGUCGUCCGACGGUUUUCUCGUCUCCCUUUUCGGGGGCUAGUUCUUCCGGGGCUAACCUUUUGAAACCAAAGACAAGACGAAGACCUUCAAAGGCUGUCAGAAAAGCGAGAGCUCCGGCUGCCGAAACCACUCUGAAAGGUAAAGAAAUCGUUCAAGCGAGGAUCACAAAAAAGAGAAAAGUCGAGGAUGAGACUAAUGCUACUUUGAGAGCAGCUAAACACAUCCAAACUGAGAUGGUCCCAAUGGAGGGACCGUCCAAUACCCAAUGA